GCCGUGCAAAACCGUCCGUCCGUCCACGUGAUAUUAGCUGCUGGGCGACUCGUGCGUGCCCGUGCGUGUGUGUGUGCGGGAACGAGCGUGAUUGAUCCGCCGUGUCAAAAAAUUGUAGGUUUCCAGGCGCGAUUUUGUAUGCCGUCCGCGACCGCGGCCCGAGUCCGUGACACUUGCACGCCAGCCCGCGUCGGUUCCGGGCGCGCGAUCCAGCUAUGAUCAAAUUAUUCUCGUUGAAACAGGCGAAGAAAGAUGGCGAGUCACCCAAGGCUGGCGCACAGAAGAAGGCAUCCGCGGCACAGCUGAGAAUUACAAAAGACAUAAACGAACUCAAUCUCCCGAAAACCUGCGGCACGGAAUUCCCGGAUCCCGAUGAUCUGCUGAGUUUUAAGCUGAUCAUCUGCCCAGAUGAAGGAUUUUACCGAGGUGGUAGAUUCGUGUUCAGUUUCAAAGUUGGACCCAAUUAUCCACAUGAGCCGCCGAAGGUGAAGUGCGAGACCUCAGUUUAUCAUCCUAACAUUGAUUUGGAUGGUAAUGUGUGCCUCAAUAUCUUGAGGGAAGAUUGGAAGCCUGUGCUCACGAUCAAUUCCAUCGUCUAUGGUCUCCAGUAUCUUUUCCUAGAACCAAAUCCUGAGGACCCACUAAAUAAGGAUGCUGCUGAAGUUCUACAGAACAACAGAAGAGCGUUCGAACAGAACGUGGCGAAAGCUAUGCGGGGUGGUUAUGUAGGAUCGUAUUUUUUCGAACGGUGUCUCAAGUGAUACAGUGCCUCUCCGUCAAUACUGUACACACUUCUCCAAGGACUCACUGUAGGUGAAGACGUCCAUAGAAUGAAUGUGGGACGAGAUGGUGUCUUUGUCACACGCGUGACAUUAACAUACUUACUUUCCUUAUGUCUUGCCAGGCCUAUACACAUUUGAUUGGACGAGCAUUUUUGUUUAAUAAACCCGCUGCAAUGUAGUCGAUACGCUAUUCAUUGCUUUCAACUGUCUCCAAGAUGUUUAUCGGCCGUGGCAUUAAUUUUAGUGAAUUUUUGAAGUGCAGUGUUGAAGGGAUUGUAGGAUUAUAGUUUCGGCGAAUGAUAGAUGUUACGAUGCGAGACAACCGACGGUCUGACGUAUACGCGAUAUUGUUUUCUGAAUUUGAAAAUUUUUUGGAAAAGAAUUUUCUAAUUCCGGAUUCCUCAAUUAUAAAUUUUUAAAUCAAUUUUGCGCUUUUAUAGAUAUCUUAAUUUAUGAACUUAUUUAUUUUUCUGAGGCAUCUCCCAUUGUCACUAUUAGUUCUUCACCGCAGCAUCUAUCAAAAUCUGCUCUUCAUUUAAGCAUAUGUACAAGUUAUUUAACUUAUGUAUUGACUGAGAGUGGAAUAUAAGGCUGUUAUGGAACUGCAAAAACUUGGUUUGAAUUUUUAUGAACGGUGUAUCUUAUUCCCGGUAAGGUGUUUUUUUCUUAAUAUUUCUGCGAAUAACAUAUAUGUGAAUAACAGUCGGUGUUGUUACGAAACAAAUUCGAAUUUAUUUCACACUAAGAGAGGAUCGGUUUGUUUUGUUCUAUGUACAAGUACAAACCUUACAGCAGUUAUGCUAACAACCAUGGGAUUACAAUACAAUUGUGAGACCCUUUAGCUACAAAAUUUAGCUACUUAUUAUAUUUUUAUCUUGUAAUCAUUAGAAAUGUUGAAAAGUAUACUUUGAGUGUUACGCUUGUACAGUUGAUGUAAAAUAAUUGAGCAUAUCUCGCCAUGUAAUUUAGAAAAAUCGACACAUGCAAGAAAUAUCUAUAACGAAGCGUGUUAAAAUGUGCCACCAAUCUUUUUUUUUGACUUCUUUGUCCUCGCACUGAUGAUAUACAAAUUGACCAUUUAGAUAAUACGGUAUAUAAGUCUCUCUAAUCUAAUUUAUUUUGGAGUUCACAACAUAAUAUAUACAAUCGCGCUGUAAUAAAAGUAAGAUCAGCUGCAUGAGACAAAUUAUAUGUGAAUAUCUAAAUAAUUCUCUUAAUCCUUUUUUUACGCGCACGUGUAAUCGUAAUUAUAGCAAAAUUUUUAAUAUUGCGUUUCGGACUUGUAAAUUUACUGUUUUCUUAAUAACAAUUUGUGAUUGUGAAUUCCAAAUCGUUAAGACGGUAUUUGUUGUUUACUAAAUAUCUUUAGAUAGAUGUAAGAGAGAGAGAGAGAGAGAAAGAGAGAGACAGAGAGCUAAGAAAGAGCUAAACUGGUUAUUCUUAAACAUAUUGUAAACUCCAGAGUAAAGGUUCUUGGAAUAAAUAAAUAAAUGACAGAAU